AGCCCCCCGUCACCAUCGCCAAGGGCCUGGAGGACCAGCAGAUCGUGGUGGGCGACCGCGUGGUGCUGGAGGCCGAGGUGUCCGAGGAGGCCCAGGUCAUGUGGAUGAAGGACGGGGUCGAGCUGACCCGCGAGGAGACCUUCAAGUACCGCUUCAAGAAGGACGGGAAGAAGCACUACCUCAUCAUCAACGAGGCCACCAAGGAGGACACGGGGCGCUACAAGAUCAUGACCAACGGCGGCGAGAGCGAGGCCGACAUCAUCGUGGAAGAGAAGCAGCUGGAGGUGCUGCAGGACAUGGCGGACCUGACGGUGCAGGCGUCGGAACAGGCCGUCUUCAAGUGCGAGGUGUCGGACGAGAAGGUGACGGGGCGCUGGUACAAGAACGGGGUGGAGGUGCGCCCCAGCAAGCGCAUCCACAUCUCCCACAGCGGCAGGUUCCACAAGCUGGUGAUCGACGACGUGCGCCCUGAGGAUGAGGGGGAUUACACCUUCAUCCCCGACGGCUACGCCCUCUCCCUCUCCGCCAAGCUCAACUUCCUCGAGAUCAAGGUCGAGUAUGUCCCCAAGCAAGAGCCCCCCAAGAUCCACCUGGACUGCUCGGGGAAGGCGUCGGAGAACACCAUCGUGGUGGUGGCGGGGAACAAGCUGCGCCUCGACGUCCCCAUCUCGGGGGAGCCCGCGCCCACCGUCACCUGGAUGAAGGGCGACGAGGUGUUCGAGGCGCGGGAGGGCCGAGCCCACCUGCAGCAGCGCCCCGAGCUGAGCAGCUUCGUCAUCGAAAGCGCCGAGCGCGGGGACGAGGCCCGUUACAGCAUCCGCGUGGCCAACCCGGCCGGCGAGGACACGGCCACCAUCGUCAUCAAGGUGGUCGACGUGCCCGACCCCCCUGAGGCCGUGCGCAUCACCUCGGUGGGGGAGGACUGGGCCAUGCUGGCCUGGGACCCCCCCAAGUACGACGGGGGGCAGCCCAUCACCGGGUACCUGGUGGAGAGGAGGAAGAAGGGCUCGGCGCGCUGGAUGAAGCUCAGCGGCGAGGCGCAGGAGGGCACCACGUUCAAGGCCGGGCGCCUCAUCGAGGGGGUCCUGUACGAGCUGCGCGUGCUGGCCCUCAACGCCAUCGGCGCCUCCCAGCCCAGCUGCAACAGCCCCCCCUUCAUGCCCAUCGCCCCCACGAGCGAGCCCACCCACCUGCUGCUGGAUGACGUCACCGACACGACGGCCACGCUCAAGUGGCGCCCGCCGGAGCGGGUGGGGGCGGGGGGCAUCGACGGCUACUUGGUGGAGUAUUGCCGCGAGGGGGCGGAGGAGUGGGUGGCCGCCAACACGGAGCCGGUGGAGCGCUGCGGCUUCACGGUGCGGGGGCUGCCCACGGGCGAGAAGCUGCUCUUCCGCGUCACCGCCGUCAACAUCGCGGGCAGGAGCCCCCCGGCCACGCUGGCCCAGCCCGUCACCAUCCGCGAGAUCGUGGAGCGCCCCAAAAUCCGGCUGCCCCGGCACCUGCGGCAGACGUACGUCAGGAAGGUGGGGGAGCAGGUGAACCUCGUCAUCCCCUUCCAGGGAAAGCCGCGCCCGCGGGUGACCUGGACGAAGGAGGGGCAGGCGCUGGGGGACGACGUCCACAUCCGCAACUCGGAGCGGGACACGGUGUUCUUCAUCCGGGCGGCGGCGCGGGAGCACUCGGGGCUCUACGAGCUGCGCCUGCAGAUCGAGAACAUGGAGGACUCGGCCAGCCUGCGCCUGCGCGUCAUCGAGCGGCCGGGGCCGCCGCGCGCCGUGCGCGUCACCGAGGUGUGGGGCUGCAGCGCCGCGCUCGAGUGGGAGCCGCCGGCCGACAGCGGGAACGCGCCGCUCUGCGGCUACACCGUGCAGAAGGCGGAGAUACGGCGCGGGGAGUGGUUCACGGUGUACGAGCACGUGCGCCCCCCCCGCUGCACGGUGCCGGAGCUGGUGGUGGGCAACGAGUACCAGUUCCGCGUGUUCAGCGAGAACCAGUGCGGGCUCAGCGAGACCCCCGGGCUCUCCAGUAACACCGCCCGCAUCCCCAAACCCGGCCUGACGCUGAAGCCCCCCAAGUUCCAGGAGCACGAUUUCCGCUCGGCGCCCCAGUUCCUGACGCCGCUGGUGGAUCGCAGCGCCGUGGCCGGCUACAGCACGGCCCUCAACUGCGCCGUGCGGGGGCACCCCAAGCCCAAGGUGGUGUGGCUGAAGAACCAGGUGGCCAUCGGCGAGGACCCCCGGUUCCUGGCCCGCCACAGCCAGGGGGUCCUGACCCUCCUCAUCCGCAAACCGGGGCCCUUCGACGGGGGCACCUACGGCUGCCGGGCCGUCAACGAGCUGGGGGAGGCGCUCACCGAGUGCAAGCUGGAGAUUCGGGUGCCCCAGUGAAGGCGAUGACGAGGCAGGACGGGCCAGAGGGGGAGGGCAGAGGUGCCCCCCCGGGAAUAAACGGAGCCCCCCAGCUCCUGGUUGCG